GAUUCUUAGCGACACACGAAUAGGGCCCUGCACGGAGAGAGACGGAGGAAAGAAAACACAACACCAAGCUGCAUCGGCAGGCCAUCCGGCGACGUGGGACUCGCUGCUGUGAGUACUUCGCGACCGAUCGGAGUCGAUGGGCAGCACGGCGGUGAACUCCGACUACGGCGCGACGCGCGAGCUGUCCGCCCUCCAGAAGGAGCGCGCGCUCUAUCGCCCUGAGCUGCCGCCCACCAACCUCCGAUCCCUGCCAACUUUUGGCCGCGCCGAAUCCCCGGGUUCAAUCGGAUCAGCGCCGCCACGACAUAUGCCCUGCCCGAUUCCUUGUCACAGCGCUUUAAUUUCUCCGGCCGGAUCGAUCUUGUCGACGGGCUGGGUGGGGGGAACCGCGGUGAGGGUGGAGUACGGCGACGCGACGAUCGCGGCCGACGGUGCGGACGCGCAUGUGAUCGGCAACGCGUUCCCCCACACCUACGGCCAGCCGCUGGCGCAUUUCCUCCCGGAGGCGGCCAAUGCGGCGGACGCUGCAAUCAUAACAGAGCACCCUGUCGUCAGGGUUGGUGUCGUCUUCAGUGGUAGACAGUCCCCAGGUGGGCACAAUGUUAUAUGGGGACUCCAUGAUGCUUUAAGUGCUCACAACCCAAGUAGCAAGCUUAUUGGUUUUCUUGGAGGAACUGAUGGCUUGUUUGCGCAGAAAACUUUGGAAAUCACAGAGGAAGUUCUUUCUUCCUAUAAAAAUCAAGGUGGUUAUGAUAUGAUUGGUCGGACAAGGGAUCAAAUCAGAACAACUGAACAAGUAAAGGCAGCGAUGACUACUUGCCAGACUUUGAUGUUGGAUGCUCUUGUAAUAAUUGGAGGUGUCACAUCCAACACGGAUGCUGCUCAGCUUGCUGAGACUUUUGCCGAGUCAAAGUGUUCAACAAAGAUAGUUGGUGUUCCUGUAACUCUGAAUGGGGACCUGAAGAACCAGUUUGUCGAGACAACUGUUGGUUUUGAUACGAUAUGCAAGGUGAACUCGCAGCUCAUAAGUAAUAUCUGCACUGAUGCUCUUUCUGCUGAGAAGUAUUACUAUUUCAUUCGGUUGAUGGGGCGGAAAGCAUCUCAUGUGGCAUUGGAAUGUGCUCUUGAGUCACAUCCAAAUAUGGUUAUUCUAGGCGAGGAGGUUGCUGCAUCAAAACUUACAAUUUCUGAUAUCACAAAGCAGAUAUGUGAUGCUGUCCAGGCAAGGGCUGAAAAUGAUAAGUACCAUGGCGUUAUGCUUAUUCCUGAGGGCCUUGUUGAGAGCAUUCCUGAACUGUACGCUUUGCUUCAGGAAAUUCAUGGGUUACAUGAUAAAGGUGUUUCCGUUGAGAGCAUCUCUUCUCAUCUUUCGCCUUGGGCUUCUGCCCUAUUCAACUUUUUGCCUCAAUUUAUUAGGAAACAGCUCCUCCUCCAUCCAGAAUCUGACGACUCUGCUCAGCUUUCUCAGAUUGAGAUCGAGAAGCUUCUAGCCCAGCUAGUUGAGACAGAAAUCAACAAACGGCUGGAGGAAGGCACUUACAAAGGAAAGAAGUUCAAUGCAAUUUGCCACUUUUUUGGUUACCAAGCUAGAGGUGCCCUGCCCUCAAAGUUCGAUUGCGAUUACGCCUAUGUUCUCGGUCAUGUAUGCUAUCAUAUCUUAGCUGCUGGUCUGAAUGGCUACAUGGCCACUGUGACAAAUCUUAAAAAUCACCUGGUCAGGUGGAAAUGUGGAGCUGCUCCUAUUACGUCUAUGAUGACUGUAAAGGGUUGGUCGCGUGGUCCUGCUGCCACUCAAAUUGGGAAGCCAGCUGUUCACAUGGCGAGCGUGGAUUUGAAAGGAAAAGCAUACGAGUUGUUGAGGCAAAACUCGUCCAGCUUCUUAAUGGAAGACAUCUAUAAGAACCCUGGACCACUGCAAUUUGAAGGACCGGGUGCGGAGGCAAAGCCUAUUUCAUUGUGUGUCGAAGAUCGGGACUACAUGGGAAGGAUCAAACAGCUGCAGGAGUAUUUGGAGAAGGUGAAAUGCAUCGUGAAGCCCGGGUGCUCGCAGGAUGUCCUCAAAGCUGCACUGAGCGCCAUGGCACAUGUGAUUGAGUUGCUCACUAUCAUGUCUUCUCCCUCAUACAGUGGCCAGGCGGCAACCAUCUGAGAGCAAAUUCGAAGCACUUUAUAUUUUUUGGUCGGCCAUAGAAACCGCGAUCUUGAUAGGUUAUCUGUCCAUCUUCUAAUUUCGUCCUGGUUCUUUAGAAUGGAAAGUGUGGGAGUUUUUUUCUUUUUUUUUGAGGAAUGCCAUUUGGCAAUUUAUCUGAUAAAAUAUUCUCAUCGUUCACCAACAUGCCCAUAAUAAAACUAGGGAUUUCAUCGACUCAAAUA